AUGUCUAAACGAUGGUUAGGAAUAUUCACUCAUUUUUCUUCUAAUUCUUAUUUGUUCAAUUUUAAAAAAAUUUUCGAAAUGUUAUUCUCAUCAUUAAUCAAUUCACCGUUAAAAUGUUUAUUCAUGAUAUUAUUUUUAAUUGGUGCUACUUAUGUAUGCUAUUUAUGGAGUGCAAAACUUAAUGAAACAAAUAAUCCAGCAUUUAUUAUUAAUUAUGCAUCUAUUGAUAAUCCAUUCAAUGAGUUACGAUGUCGCAGAUUAAAAUAUACACAAGUUGGUCACGUAAAAACGCCUAAUAAAGCAUUAUUUUGGCCACAGAUACAAUAUAAAUAUGCAUUAUCUCAACCAAUAGAUUUUAUUUCACCGAAUUCGUCAUUGGAAAAUUUCAUUCCACAACAAAUAUUUGGAUCAUUUUACACUAAGUAUAAUGCCACAAAAAUAAAUAGUUAUGCUGUAUCAAGUAAUAAUUUAAGAUAUAUUAUUGAUAAGAAAAAUCACACUAUCAAUUAUACUACACCAAUUAUAUGGUCUCCAUUAGGUUGUUUACCUAGCUUGUCAUCAGCUAUAAUUAUUCCUUAUCGUAAAAGAGAACAACAUUUACGAGUGUUAACAGAUCAUUUACAUGGAUUUUUACGACAUCAAAGAAUACCAUAUACCAUUUUUAUUAUUGAACAGACCGGUGAAAGGAAAUUUAAUCGUGGUGCUUUAUUAAAUGCUGGUUUUCUUGAAGUUUCCAAAUUCAAAGAAUAUGACUGUUUCAUUUUACAUGAUGUAGAUAAACUGCCAGAAGAUGAUCGAAUUAUUUAUACAUGUGGACCAAAUCCAACACAUUUGUCAGCUUCAUUAAGUACUUUUAACUACAAAUUAAUUUAUCAAAGAUUUUUUGGUGGUGUUGUCACAUUCACACGUGAUCAAUAUUUUAAAAUUAAUGGUUUUUCAAAUUUAUAUGAAGGAUGGGGUGGUGAAGAUGAUGAUUUAUUAUUACGUGUUGAACAAUCUGGUUAUAAUUUAAGUCGAAUCAAUUUAUUGAUUGGUCGUUAUUAUGCAAUGAGUCAUAAAACAGAUGAAUUAAAUGAAAUAAAUCCAAAUCGUUUCAAGUUGUUGGAAACUUCAGAGCGUCGAUUUAAAAGUGAUGGAUUGAAUAGCUUGAAGUAUAAUGUAACUCAGUCGAAAUCAAUGUACAAUGGUCUACUUUAUUGGAUUUCCAUUGAUAUACAUCCUAACAACCAGAGAUAA